AUGGCAGGAGGGAAAAUAAGGAAGGAAAAAACCCCACGUGGAUCUAGUGGCUCUUCAAAUCAUUAUCAAGGAGGAAUUCAAUUCCACAAGUCAAAAGGUCAACAUAUCCUCAAGAACCCUUUACUUGUUGAUUCCAUUGUCCAAAAAGCUGGAAUCAACUCCACAGAUAUAAUCCUUGAAAUUGGUCCUGGAACUGGUAAUCUCACCAAGAAGCUUCUAGAAGCUGGAAAAUCAGUUAUUGCUGUUGAACUCGAUCCACGUAUGGUUCUCGAAUUACAACGUCGUUUUCAAGGAACCCCGUUUUCUAAUCGACUCAAGGUUAUACAAGGCGAUGUAUUGAAAUGUGAUCUCCCAUAUUUUGACAUAUGUGUAGCCAACAUUCCAUACCAAAUAUCAUCUCCACUAACAUUCAAAUUAUUAAACCACAAACCUUCAUUUCGAUGUGCAAUAAUUAUGUUUCAAAGGGAAUUUGCAAUGCGAUUAGUAGCUCAACCUAGUGACUCCCUUUAUUGUCGCCUCUCAGUCAACACCCAACUUUUAGCGCGUGUUUCACACCUACUAAAAGUUGGGAAAAACAACUUCCGGCCACCACCAAAAGUUGACUCAUCUGUGGUUAGAAUCGAGCCGAGAAAACCACCACCCGUGGUUAACUUCAAAGAAUGGGAUGGGUUAGUGAGGAUUUGUUUCACUAGAAAAAACAAAACCCUAGGUUCGAUUUUUAGGCAAAAACGUAUACUUUCGAUUAUGGAGAAAAACUAUAAAACACUUCAAGCGUUGGGGGUUCCUCAGGCGGCGGAUGUGGCGGUGGAUAUGGCGGUUCUUGGUGAUUCCGGCGAGAUGGAGGAGGAGAGUGAGGAUGAGGAUGAGGAAAUGGAUAUGGAAGAUGGGGAGACAAAGUCGGAUUUUAAAGAGAAGGUUUUGGGGGUUUUGAAAGAAGGGGAGUUUGAAUUGAAGAGAUCUUCGAAACUUGCUCAAGAGGAUUUUAUGCAUUUGUUGUCUUUGUUCAACAAAGUGGGGAUUCAUUUUUCUUGAAGGGUUUAAUUUUGUAUGAUUUUUUAAUUUGAGUAAACCAGUUGUGAUUAUUUUUCGGAUUAUAUGUUGUUGGAAUUUUGGUUAGUGGGGUGUUUAGAUGUGUUGCAAUUUAAACUAUUGUGAUUUGUAGUUUUUGAUUGGUGAAAGUUUUGUAAAAGCUAAUUAUAUCGGGU